AUGAAGAAGAUCGUUGCAUAUGGAGUUACUCAUUUCAUCUUACUUGCUAUAUACACCACAAAGGCAAGCCACGGAAGUCUAACCAUGUACAACAUUCUUACAACCACGACACGUAACAGCACUGUGCACAUUCUUCAUGCCACGUUUCUGAUCUUUCUUAUGUGCACCCUGACAGGACGGAUAAUAGACCAUGUGUUCAAGAGUCUCAGAUCAGAAGAAAUAAGCAACUUCAACGAAUCUUUGCUUUACUUCUUGACCGACUUCCUUCUUGUUGUGUCUACGUUUGAUAAUGACAUUAGCUUCAAGAAUGGGCUUUUCUUUGCCAUGCUUCUGUGUGUGAAGUCUCUUAGCUGGCUACUAGGCACAAGGAUAAAAAGAGAUGUUUACUCUUCCUUGUAUAGCCUUGCGUAUGGGAUAUCCCUGUUUUCAGGGCUCAUGGCAUUCUUAUUUACUCUCUCCUGCAUAUCCUCCAUCGAUGGGCAGAUUCUCUUUCUUUUUGAGUACACUCUGCUUGUGAUAGCCUCUAUAAAGAAUAUCUGCAUCAUGAAUCUAAUUCUGUCUGAUGAUGACGACAAGAGGUCUCUGCACAACUUCUACAUCGAUAUAGCAUACAUGAGCAUCACACUCCUUGUUUAUAUAGUAUUCAUAGGAAUCACGUCUUUCAGCUACAGGCUCCCUCUGAAUCUCUUCCGAUCUGCAUUGACAAUAUUGGAUGCUUUGGUUGCAAAGAUCAAGGUGUUCCUUAGCUACCUCAAGCUAUGUAAGGACCUCGAGAAAUGUGUUGAGGGGUCUGGAGAUGGCUUUUGCGCGAUAUGCAGGGACGACAUGGAGAUAGGAAAGAAACUGGCAUGUGGACACUGCUUUCACAUAGAAUGCCUCAAGAUGUGGUGUGAACGGCAGCAGACAUGCCCGAUAUGUAAGUCUACACUUGCUUUUGAUGUGAGGAAAGAGAGCUUUGUUGUAGGAAGUGAGUAUAUAUCUGGGAUUCCAGUGACUAUUGAUAGCUAG